CCAUAAUGAAAAUAUAAAAUAUAUAAUGGUCUCAUAACAAUCGUUUAAUUACCGUAUCGAGAGGACUUGAGAUACUAAACUGUUUUAAUUUUCGAUUAACCCGUGCGUGAGCAAUGAGCAGGUUCGGUACUGUGGCUUUGAUGAAAGCCAGCUAUUGCUUUUUAAAAAUAGCCCGCUGACAAUGCAAUUAGUACUACUACAAUAGCACGAAAUUUGAUUCCUAAAAGCCGGUCCUUUUCUACCCCAAACCUUCAGCUCUAAAUUUCAAAUAUGUGGACGUCGGCAACAAUUUUCAACAACGAAGUGUUAGUUAUUUGUUUUUCACGCGUUAUUCUUGUUUGAAUAUUUCGCGCAAAAGCGCAAAGUUUAUUUGCGACAUUUUCGACCAAUCAGAUACCGCCGAGUUCAUUAUCGAGCGAUGAACAUGGAAAUUCUCCCAAGGUGUCGUGCAAAACAAACGGGUACUAUAUUAUUCACUUCUGUUAAAAGCCUGUGAUAUAGACACCGCUUUGUUGAGCAUUUCACAACAAAACCGGCAACUAUCUGCCGAUCGGUUGCCAUUUUACGAUAAAAUGGACUGGCUUUUUACUUGGACUACGCUGUGUUUCUUCCUGGGAUGCACGAUUCGCGUGCGAAGCGGGGAUGUAUUCACGGCAUUGAUCGAAAUGGAGAACUUGGUUUACCGUGAAAAAGAGAUGAUCGUUGGUUUAAAGGACUACUUGUAUCAAGAACAAGCCAGGCUGGAUAAAAUAAAACAGUUUACGGAAAAACUAGUUCAAAUACACGACGUUAUACCCGAAGGAAGAGUGGAAAACUAUUUGGGACAUCCUUCAAAUGCCUACUUGUUGAUCAAGCGGUUUGUGAAAGAUUGGUCAGCCAUCGAAUACAUGGCCAAAAACCCUUCAACAGAUGGUUUGUUGGAGAUUUUGGACAAACAUCGAGGCUGGUUUCCAGACAUAUCUGAUUUCGAAGGUGCAAUCGAUGCUAUAUUCCGUGUGCAAGACAUCUACAAAGUCAAGGCAUUGGAUCUUGCAAAGGAUUUGGUUCCAUCUUCAACCAGAGGUUAUCCUAUGAUUGCAAAUGAUGCGUUUGAGAUUGGCAAGGUCGCAUAUGAAGCAGAGAAGUACAAAGAAGCUCAGAAAUGGUUGGCCGCGGCAGCCAUACUUUGGAAGGAAGGAAAAAGGAGUGACGAGGAUGACAUUGCUGAGAUAUUGGAUUAUUUGUCAUAUGUUGAAUAUAAGCUUGGUAAUCUACGGAAAGCAUAUAAUCUGACUUUAACAAUAUUGAUGUAUGAUCCAAGUUUUCAGCGUGCGCAGAAGAACCUCAAGUAUUAUGCAGAUGAGCUGAAAUCCACUGGUCAGUUGACAGGUCAGAAGGGUUUGUUGCGUCCGGACGACACUUUGCUACAAGUUGAUAAUGAUGAUGAUGAUGAGGAUAUUCAAGACACGGCAGAGGAAAAAGAUUGGAAAGGAUCAAGAGCAUUCAAACGUUAUUCCAAAUUAUGUCGAUCAGAUGCUGAUGCUUUAUUUAAUUUUACAGUAAGUCAACAACAGCAGCUGAAAUGUUGGUAUGUCAAAGACAAACCAUGGCUGUAUCUUCGUGGAAUCGGAGUAGAACGUCUCCAUGUUUCACCGGAAGUUUUAUAUUUCCGAAAUGUCCUUACCGAUCCAGAAAUCGAAGUCGUAAAGAGAUUGGGAAGACCAAAGUUGCAAAGGGCCCAGAUUCGUGACGGACAAACAGGAAUCUUAGAACCAGCCCUGUAUAGAAUAAGCAAAAGCGGUUGGUUGAAAGAUUCCGAGGAUCCUGUGAUAAGACGUAUCAGCAAGAGGAGCGAAGAAUUAACUGGACUGACAUUUGCCACGGCAGAAGAAUUACAGGUGAACACGUACGGUAUGGGGGGCCAUUAUGAGCCGCAUUAUGACCACGCACAGGAGCACGAAGAUAAAUUCUCAGACUUGGGAACUGGGAAUAGGCUUGCGACAUUGCUUUUUUAUAUGAGCGACGUUGAGCUGGGAGGCGGAACAGCAUUUAUCAACGUCGGUGCACUAGUGGAACCUCGAAAGGGCGAUGGAGUUUUUUGGUAUAACUUGCUGAAGAAUGGGAAUGGUAAUGACAACACGCGCCAUGCCGCAUGCCCUGUAUUUGUUGGAACAAAAUGGGUGGCAAACAAAUGGAUUCACGAAAAAGGACAAGAAUUUCUCCACAAGUGUUCGUUAAAUCAAUGGGAAUAAAUAAUCUAUUUAUAUAUUUAUAUUUUUCUAAGCUGCCGCGAAACACCAAAAAUUUAUAGCAAUGUACAAUAACAGCACGCAUGCUCAAACGACUCUUGUACGCAGGCUACGCGCGGUUCGGGCUACAUAGUUCUAUAAGACACCUAUACGACAACGAUAAAAGAUUAAAACUCCUCCCCCAGGAAAUUUAAAUUUGCAGUCCGGAAAAAGCCAUUUCUUUAUUCUUGCAUUUCAUAUAAAAAUAAGUAAAACGCACUUAGAUCUUGCCUUAUGCAUACAGAAUUAACAGAAUUAUAUAAUUUAAAAUUAUAAUUUAACACUGCUAAAUAUUAUAUUGCGAGGUAAAUGCCGUUGGCAAAUUCAUAGUAUAUAUUUUGUAAAUUAAUGAAAUAACAUUAGAAAUAAUGAAAUAAAGCUAACUUUUUAAACCGCAUUUCAUAUUUUCAUCUAGAAAAUUUUUGUAAUGUUCGAAAUCUGUUAGUUGUGAAGAACUACUUUGUGAUCGACCACUAAACGUUUUGUAGAACUUAACUUUUGUGAUGAUUACUAAAUGUUUUGUAGAACUGGGUGAAUCAAUUAUGAGGUUUGGCACUUCACUCGAUGCAGGUAAAUUCUCAGUGGCAAGACCGUAGGCCAAGACCAAGGCAUAACGUAUCUUACCAACAUUACACACCUACAACAGACCAUACAGUUGUACCAUACCCUACCAUACUUCACCAUACUGACGUUUACCUUUACAUAGUAUAUUCUACUCUACCAUACCGUAUCUUACUACCAACAUCACACACCUAUAACAGACCAUACAGUUGUACCAUACCCUACCAUACCUCACCAUAUACUGAUGUUUACCUUUACAUAGUAUAUUCUACUCUACCAUACUGUAUCUUACCAACAUCGCACACCUACAACAGACCAUACAGUUGUACCAUACCUUACCAUACUUCACCAUACUGACGUUUACCUUUACAUAGUAUAUUCUACUCUACCAUACCGUAUCUUACCAACAUCGCACACCUAUAACAGACCAUACAGUUGUACCAUACCCUACCAUACCUCACCAUAUACUGAUGUUUACCUUUACAUAGUAUAUUCUACUCUACCAUACUGUAUCUUACCAACAUCGCACACCUAUAACAGACCAUACAGUUGUACCAUACCCUACCAUACCGACGCACUAAACUCUGACACAACUCAACACCCUGAUCUCCGGCAGCUGAUCAUUGCAAAAUACUUCUUCAAAAGCGAGCGGUUAUACAGCAUCCUGAAACAGGGAACCUAGAACCAGCCGAUUCUAGAAUCAGCAAAAGGCGGCGACGAAGCUCCCGAGAGCCCGGGUGGACGACGUGAAAAUCUCUCGCUCGACGGCGAGAACUCGCCUGUGGAAUUCUCGACGGCUCCUACUAAACACUGUCCGAGAUGACUGCCCGGGAUGACUGCUUCAGAUGACUGCCUGAGAUAACUGCUCGAGAUGACUGCCCGAGAUG